GAAAAGGAAGAGAAAAUGCUUUUGUGUAGGCGUCAUUCGAAGCUUAUUAAUCAAUUUAAUCAUAAAUAUGAUCGGUAUUAUAACAACGUUAUAAAUUCAGAUUCUUAUAACGAUUAUUUUUUAAUAGAUAGAGUAAAUAAUUGUAAAGAUGUUUAUGAAAUACUUUAUACGGUGCACGCGAUUGUUUCUCGUUACCAUGUCAACGCACGCGAUUUAUAUCGAUUCGUUGAUUACUAUGGAAACGUAUCAUGCAACACGUCGAUUCUAUCAGCUCUUCAGAAUAUAUUUUACCGUAGAUGAAAUCAUGACAGGUUUGAAGAUUCAUGAAUAAGGAUGUCUUCGUUCUGUGCUAUAUAGGUCAACGCUGGAAUGUGUAUUGCCCACCGUUCCCGAAUGACUAGUCCAACAACCUUGGCAUCUACUGCCUUCACAUCUAAUCUUCCUCCAGUACGGUCAGUACGUCAAAUGCCACUUCCAUUAAUGGCAUCAGUAAGUGAUGAUCCAAUUUCUCUUUGGCUUAAAUUGGGUGCCUUAGAAAAAUUAGAACAAGUUGUUCUUGAUGGAUAUGGUGAUCAAUUAUAUGGAAAAACAUCCAGAAUACCUCAAGUUAAUAAAUUUUUAAGACAGAUACCGGUGUUUCAGAACAAAAUUGAUGAAAUUCAUCGAGCAGUUUCACAAGGAAAAUUAAGAGAAAUUCAACAUCUUAUUGAUAGAAAAAAACUGGCUUUCUGUCGUGAUCAAAUGGGUGCUAGUCCUCUACAUAAAGCUGUGUUAUUUAAGCAGAAAGAAAUAAUGACAUAUCUGAUAACUCAUUAUGGAAGCAUUAUUCAUACUCGUGAUCACCAAGGAAGAACUCCUCUUCAUUAUGCUGCAGUUCUUCAAGAUAAUGGAGAAAUAUUCAAUAUGUUAUUGGAAGCAGGAGCUGAUAUUAGGGCAACAGAUAUGUAUGGACGUCGCCCAGAGCAUUAUAUGCAAUCUCAGGAAGGUUUUACUUUACAAGAUCUUAAAGCAAGUUCAACUGCAGCAAUUAAAAGAAAACAAAAACAUACGUUGCCAAAACAUCAUCAUAAGAAACAUACAUCAAAAAAUAAAUCACAUAUUCAAGAAAUUAUAGAUGAAGGUAAUUUAGAAAAAUUAGAAGAAUUGGUAUUACAAGGGAAAGGAGAUAAAUUAUUUGGUGAGACUUCUGCUAAUAAAUUAGUUCAAGAUUUCCUUGACAAAGUUCCUUCAUAUAUGGAAAGAAUACAAUCUAUACAUAAAGCUGUUGUAAGAGGUAAUUUAAGAGAUGUUAAAUCUCUUUUAGAUCGGAAAAAUUUAGCUAUAACAAGGGACCCAACAGGAGCUACACCAUUGCAUAAAGCUAUAAUAUAUGGUCAUCAUGAAAUUGCCAAAUAUAUUGCUCAAAACUUUCCAUCAUCAAGAGAUGCAGUAGAUGGAGAUGGACGUACUGCUUUACAUUAUGCUGCUGUAUUGAAGGAUAAUAAUGAAAUGUACAACAUGUUAACAGCAAUUGGAGCGAGAAGUAGCAUUCUUGAUUCAAAAGGAAAAACUCCUGAAUACUAUCUUCAGCAUCCUGAACAAAUAAACAUGGAUUAUGUUUUAAAGAAUAAUCAAAGAGCUAAUGCUACAUAUAUUGCAAAUACUGCAAGUCGUCUUAAAUUAAAAGUCCCUUCCUCUCAACUGAAUAAACCUUCAGACAAUUCAAAAAGUACAGAAGAAAAAGGAGAUUAUUUUGAUGUUGACUUAGACGACCAGGUUAAUGCAGGUAAUCAUUUUGAAAGCAAUCUUCCACUGUAUAAAAGAGGCAUUGUUCUCAGAAAUAAACCUGUAAAUCCACCAAAACCUAAACGUAUAGAAGUUACAUCAGCAAAUAUUCAUAAAUGGAUAUCAUCUGAAGAUAUACAAAAGCUUGAAGAUGCUGUAUUAGAAGGCUAUGGUGAUAAAAUUGCUAAACAAACGGCUGAAAAUGAAGAAAUCCAAAAUUUUAUAAAUACUAAUGUUCCUAAGUUAUUAGAAAAAAUUGAAGCAAUUCACUCAGCAGUUUCAAAUGACGAUUUAUCGGGCCUCCAAGAUUAUUUAGAUAAGGAUGAUUUUGCAUUAGCAAAAGAUCAUUUAGGUAUGACUCCUUUACAUCGUGCAGUUCUCUUCAAUCGCACAAACAUUCUGCAGUUUCUUAUAAAUAAAUUCCCAGAAACAGUUAAUGCAAGAGAUAAGGAAGGAAGAACACCUCUUCAUUAUGCUGCUUCUGUUGCUCAGAAAGAUAAAAUGAGAAGUUAUAGGUUAUUACUUCAGGCUGGAGGAGAUCCAAAAAUUAGAGAUAAUCAAGGACGUACACCAGAAUAUUAUCGAACUCAUCAUGUUGCUAUUCCUAGUAAAGCUGAAAUAAAAUCAAGAACUAAACAAAGUAGAAGAACAACAUCAGAACCUCCUGCUGCCUCACGUAAUAAAUUAGGAGGUGAAUUUAAAAUUUUUAUUUUUAUAAAUGUUAGAAAGUAAUUAUAUGGAUAUUAGAAGAAUAUCUUU